AUGACUGGUACACUGUCUUUUUUGAACUAUUUGAGGGUAAAGCGAAAUGGGUUCACGAACAAUUACGGCUACGGUCCCCAUGGUAUCGGUCCGAGCAAUGUCGGAGUGGACAGCUUCGGCUUCUUCAAGGACAAGUACUACAACAGCGGUCUCCCACCAUUAUACACUCAUGCCGCUUAUCGUAAUUACUACCACGAAAUUUCGUUCCACAAGAACAAGUAUGGACUGCCAGCACCAACCAACUUUGAAACUCUCCAACAAGAACGAUUUGGGCCAUAUUACAACGGCGUUUGGGGAUAUGCCGAUCACUCACCCUACUGGUACGGAAAGAAAUAA